AUGGCGGCGGAGAUGAAGUGUGUCGGAGUAGUGGGUGGUGGACAGAUGGGCUCCGGAAUCGCGCAACUCGCCGCAAUGAACGGCCUCGACGUUUGGCUGAUGGACGCUGAUCAGGAUGCGCUCUCUCGAGCUACCGCAGCUAUCUCCUCCUCCGUCAAUCGUUUCGUCUCCAAAGGUCUCCUCUCCAAGGAAGUUGGUGAAGAUGCGAUGCGUCGUCUACGUUUAACAUCAAACCUAGAAGAUUUGCGUUCUGCUGAUAUCAUCGUCGAAGCGAUUGUGGAAUCUGAAGACGUGAAGAAGAAACUGUUCAAGGAUUUAGAUGCUAUAGCCAAGAGUUCUGCAAUCUUAGCUUCUAACACAAGCUCAAUCUCUAUCACUCGUCUUGCAUCCGCAACACAAAGACCCACUCAGGUUAUUGGAAUGCACUUCAUGAACCCUCCUCCAGUAAUGAAACUGGUCGAGAUCAUUCGCGGCGCUGAUACCUCAGAAGAGACCUUUCUUGCUACAAAAUCCCUCGCUGAAAGGUUUGGGAAGACAACAGUGUGCUCGCAAGACUACGCAGGCUUCAUCGUGAACAGGAUCCUGAUGCCGAUGAUCAAUGAAGCGUUCCACACCCUUUACACAGGUGUGGCUACGAAGGAAGACAUUGACAGCGGAAUGAGACACGGCACAAACCACCCGAUGGGUCCUCUGGAGCUGGCGGACUUGAUCGGUCUAGACGUGUGCUUGUCGAUAAUGAGAGUGCUGCAGGAGGGACUUGGGGACUCCAAGUACGCGCCUUGUCCUCUUCUUGUUCAGUACGUUGAUGCUGGAAGAUUAGGAAGAAAACGAGGACUCGGUGUUUAUGACUACCGUAAGAAGCAGCCUGUUACUACUCCAUCUCCUCGGCUCUGA